AUGGCGGACAAGGCUGUUACAAUCCGAACCCGCAAGUUCAUGACAAACAGGCUCCUUUCUAGGAAGCAGUUUAUUGUUGAUGUACUUCAUCCAGGGAGGGCAAAUGUUUCCAAGGCUGAACUUAAGGAGAAGCUUGCUCGAAUGUAUGAAGUCAAAGACCCUAACACUGUAUUUGUCUUCAAAUUCCGAACACAUUUUGGUGGUGGCAAAUCUACAGGUUUUGGUUUGAUUUAUGAUUCCGUCGACAAUGCUAAGAAGUACGAGCCCAAGUACAGACUCAUCAGGAAUGGUCUUGAUACUAAGGUAGAAAAGUCAAGGAAACAAAUGAAGGAGAGGAAAAACAGAGCAAAGAAGAUUCGAGGAGUAAAGAAGACUAAGGCAUCGGAUGCUGCUAAGGCUGGAAAGAAGAAAUGA